AUGUUUCUGCGCUGCUUCACCAAAUUUUCGUUCAAAAUUGAAAUACUUGAUGGAUGGAUUGAUGAUGAACUCACUAAGGACUUCAAGUUUGAGUAUUCACGCUUAGCUCUGGGGAAAAGGAUGUCUUUAGUUCGUCUUGGAUAUGUUUGUGCGCAUUUACAAAAUUGCACGCGUGUGAGGAUCGGUUUAACCUCUAUUCCGUAUACCAAGCUACAUCUAAAUUUUGCCUAUAAUCUAUACAAGCAUGGGUUCCUUUCCAGCUUGCAAAAAGGUUCUACGAAGGGCCCAGAUGUAACCCAGGUGGAUGUUACUCCGGACAAUAUAUCCACUCGAAGGCUAUGGUUGGGUCUUAAAUAUAGAGAAAACAAGCCCGUUUUGACCAGCUGUAGAUUGAUCUCUAAACCAAAUUUGAGAAUAAGAUUGUCAUGUGAAGAUCUAAAAAAGCUAUGUUCUGGGCGAAGUGUUAGAUUGAUCAAGCCUCUUCAACCUGGCGAAUUGAUUUUAGUAAAAGCUAAUGAUGACAUACUGGAAAUUAAUGAGGCUAUUUCCAAGAGAACUGGUGGCGAGGUACUCUGUAGAGUUAAUUAA